AUGCUGCGCCGAUGUUUUCCGUGUCGGGGAAUUGUGGAAACCGUGACGAAAGACAAUUAUGUGCUUUCCCGUCUCUCUAAUGGACUACGUGUGCUUACAUGUGAUGACGGAAACGGUAUUACUGGUAUGGGUCUUUUCAUGCUAAAUGGAACAAAGUUUGAGGAUGAAAGCAAUGCAGGAUCUGCUGCUGUAUUUGAGUCACUUCCGCUUCUGAGUAAUCAGAUAUAUACUGAUCGUGAGAUUAGUCAAUCCCUUGGUGUGCUUGGUAAUGCCUUCAAGGUAACAAAUAAUAAGGAGGCCAUGUCAGUGAUGCUUAUGGUACCACGAUAUCACCAACGUGAUGGACUGGAAUUACUUAACGCAAUGUGUCUACACCCUACACAAAAUAAAGAUUGCUUUGAAAUUGCAAAGAAGAAGGCACUUGAACGUGCUUUUGUAUACAGCCGUGAUGCGACCAGUAUGUGUUUUGAGCUUGUACAUGAAGCAGGUUGGAAUGGUAAAGGACUUGGUCGUCCACUUAACCCAAAAGAGGAAGAACUCAACAGACUCACACUGGAGAAAUUUACCGCUUUUCAUCGUGCCUGUACACGGCCGGAGCGUACUGUACUCGCCGCCACAGGUGUUGCGGAUCAUAAACUCUUCGCUACUGAGGCGGAGCGUAUUCUGCAGUUUGACAGUGAGCCCGUGCAGUUAUGUACAUCCAGUCAUCAUCCAUACACCGGUGGAAGCCGAUUGGUACAGCAGACAGAAGCACCUGAGAGUAUGAAUAAAUUUCAGGAGAAAAAUCUCAGUCAUGUUGCCUUGUUUUAUCAAGGUGUUCCAAUUAAUCACCCGGAUUAUUAUACUAUUAGUGUGAUUCAAACACUUCUUGGUGGUGGGACGUCCUUUAGUUCUGGUGGACCUGGUAAAGGUAUGCAAACCAAACUAUUUCGUGAGGUACUAAACAGAGAAGGUUUUCUACAUGGAUUGGAAUGUAUUACGGCAUGGUAUAGUGAUGGGGGUCUUAUUGGACUUUACGGUAGUGCACCGCAUGAGUCUGUGUAUGCAUUGCUGAAAGUAAUGAUUUACCAAGCUGCCUCUAUCUGUCAACGUGUUAGUCCUGAGCAUCUGGAGAUGGCGAAGAAUCAAUUACGUUCACAGUUAAUUCUCCUUGGAGAGGGACGUGAACAAUUGUUAUCUGAUAUGGGAUUCAAUAUGGUUGUACACAAUCAUAUCAUUACAGCCAAUGAGACAGUGGAAGGGACACGAGAUAUCACGCUGAGUGGAUUAAAACGCGUCUGUGCAGAUAUGGUACGCAAACCUCUUACCUUUGCGGUAUAUGGAGAGACAAGAAAUAUGCCCUCUCAUGCCAAAUUGGAGGAGGCACUGCGUAAAACGUACGAGAAGAUGAAUUAA